CCAAAUAGAUUUCAAUUCUUAGGUUGUUGUUGUUAUUGUGGAGAAACAUGUGAAAAAUCAGGAAUAGAAAAUGCCUGCUUGUUGUGUUGCUAAUUGUAAGAGUGAUACCAGGAAGAAAAUCCCGGGACAAAAAUGUCCUUUUUUUGGAGUACCUAAAAAACAGGCUGUCUUUGAUGAAUGGAAGAAAGUUAUUCCUGCCAAAAGAAAGGGUCUCUGUGCAAAAUCUUUGGUGUGCUAUCUCCACUUUGAAGAUAAUUGCAUAAAAAAAGACUUGGGAAACUGGCGUUUAAAGGCUGGUUCCAUACCUACAUUGCGUCUGAAACGUGAACCUACACCACCGCCAGCACCUCAUAAACAAGUAAAUUUACCAGUGAUUCUGUCCAUACCUGGCGGAUUGAUUGUAUUAAACCAAAACAACACUACAGGCAGUGCUGAAAAUGAGGUAGUUUGCGUGGAGAAACUAAAGUUACCUGGAGAGUCAUGGCAAUCGAGGAAAUUAGUCAAUGAGCAAGAACAUCCUGUCAUUGUCUGUUUUGAAACUACAUUUGUUGGCUUAGAUCCCCUAGUCAGAAAAUCAGCAAUUAUCAACCUGGAAGCUAAAGAAAUUGAGUACAAAGUUCUCCAACGAAAAUGCCCACCUGUAAAUGGUUGCCUCCUUCAAAAGUUUUCAUCAGCUGCUGAUGUAGAAAGAAGCCUCCAGUAUUUUGAUUGUGUACGAACGUGUCCGGGAGUUACCGACGAAAAAUUUCACGAAUUAAAAGAAUGUAGCCUCCCAUCGGGAUUCUUCGAAAAUGGUUCUUGGCGAUCCCAAUCCUGUGCCCAGUUGAUCACGCGAGUCAAACAGGAUACCGAACAUGACGUGCUCAAAAAUCCCUGCCCGAAAUGCAAUAAAAUGCGAACUACAGUUUUGUUACCACGUCUUGAAAAAAAGCUACGAAGUCCAUCUGCUGAUGUGAAAAACGAAUAUUUGUCGAGAGAUGCGUUACUUUUGAAACUUAACGAAAUCGAAAAACAAAUGAAAACGUUAGAACCAACGUUGAAACACCAGGAAGAGCCUGAUGAUAUGGUUAUGGCAGACUGUAUCGAAGUGGAUAUGUUCUAAUUGAUUACAAAUAAGAAAAUGGAAACUGGAAAAAACUGACCAGGAAACGACAGCCAUUUACGUUUCGAAGAAAAAUUCAUAAUAAUUUAUUUUUGAUGUUACUGUGCCGGACAAUAAAUUUCCCACUCUGUUGUAUCGCUAGUAGUAAUGGUAUUACUUUGUGUGAGAAUGCAAUGCAAAGGAAUCAAGG